CAGAUUUUCGUAGGUUUGGAUCAUGGCUACAUAUCAGCUUGAGUGUCCAUACUGUCUACAGCGAUAUCACAUCACGAACCAGUCGUUGCAAGCCAACAGCCGUUGUAACUUCAGAAUAUAUAACGAUCACAACCCCCCACUCCCCACACCCCCGCUCCGCAGCAACAAAUGCACCACAUACGCUUCACACAAACACCCGAUUACCGCGCGUUCCCUCCAGACCGCCUUCACCAGCUCCCAUUUCUCCUCCCUCCACCACCACCAAUUUGUACUCCUUGAAUCUCAACACCCACCGCCACCGCCGCCACCACCACCGCACCCUCCACCACCUCCUCCACCACCGCCGCCGCCCCAAGCCCUGGUGCCACUAGUACGUGAGGAUGGGUACGCCUUUGCGGUUUUCACCUUGGGAGGCUUCGGCGGCUUGGUCGGCUGCUGCCGCGGUAAGGGCUCGCUGCUGGGUGAGGCGGGCGGGCGGGAGCGGGAGCCGAAACACAUGCUUUGCUUGCUUGCUUGUUGGUGUGGAUUGGGGGGUUGUGUGUAUGUAUGGGGAAGGGUAAGAGCUAGUGAUGAUUGAUAUUGCUGCUGUUGUGACUGAUGCCGAGGGGAAGUACUGGGUGCUGAGGAGGAGGGGGAGGAUGGAUAUUUAUCACCCGCCCACCUCCCCACCAUGUAGAUACUUCCGCCCUGAGGCUGGAGUACGCCUUCCAACACGGCCUCAAACUCCCACUGCUACUUCCGAGCCCCGAGAUCUCCACGAAACGAAACAUAGUUAGCCAGAAAGGAAUAAUGCGUAGGUAGUGCAACCCUGGUCUCGCACGAGCGCAGUCGACUACCUGAAUACCAGGUAGGAGGUGCACUUGACUAUCUAGCAUGGAG